AUGAACUCUCGAGCUGAUCAGCUAAAAGUUUUUUUCCUUCCAUUCCUGGUCUCAGGCCACAUGAUUCCCAUGGUAGACCUGGCCAGGCUAUUUGCCAUGCAUGGUGUCAACGUUACUAUUAUUACCACCCCAGCCAACGCCCUCCUCUUCCAGAAAGCCAUUGACCGUGAUGCCAAUUCCGGCCUCCAAAUCAAAACUCAUAUCCUUGAAUUCCCUUCUGCCCAAGUCGGCCUCCCUGAAGGAAUCGAGAACUUCAACACGAUCACUUCCCAUGGCAUGAGCCAUAAACUCUAUCACGCAUUGUCAUUGCUCCAAAAACCAAUUGAGCAACUAUUUCAGGAAAUGACACCAGACUGCAUUAUCACUGACAUGUUCUAUCCAUGGACUGUCGAUUCUGCGGCUAAACUUGGGAUCCCAAGGCUAGUAUUUCACACUGCAGGCUACUUCUCACAAUGUGCUGCAAGUAGCAUCAAACAGUAUGCACCUCAUCUGAGUGUAAACUCUAAUGCCGACACAUUUUUACUACCUGAUUUGCCAGACACAAUAGAGAUGACAACGUUGCAACUUCCACGCUGGGUUAGAACCCAAGACGGAUAUGCUCAAUUGAUGGAUAGAAUCAGAGAGUCUGAGAGACAAAGCUAUGGAGCAGUGGUGAAUAGUUUCCACGAGCUCGAGAGUGCUUAUGAAGAGCAUUAUGCAAGUAUAACGGGAAUUAAGGCAUGGAGUGUAGGACCCGUUUCUUUGUGUGUGAACAGAGAUGCAGCAGACAAGGUUGAGAGGGGUAACAAAGUGGCUCCCAAAGAAAAUGAAUGGCUAAAUUGGCUAAAUUCCAAAGAAUGCAGCUCCGUUCUUUAUGUAAGUUUUGGAAGCCUGAACAAGUUCUCAACAGCUCAGCUUAUUGAACUGGCUCAUGGUCUUGAUGCUUCUAGUCACCAAUUCAUCUGGGUAGUUAGGCAGAAGGACAAGGAUCAAGAUGAAGGGUGGCUUGAGGACUUUGAGAAGCAUAUUAAAGAAAGUAAUAGGGGCUUGAUAAUACGGGACUGGGCACCACAACUACUGAUUUUGGAACACCAAGCUAUUGGCGGGUUAGUGACCCAUUGUGGCUGGAAUUCAAUUCUCGAGGGUGUGACUGCUGGUCUGCCAAUGAUCACAUGGCCCCUUUAUGCAGAGCAAUUUUACAACGAAAAAUUUGUGACACAAGUAAUAAAAAUUGGAGUUUCCGUGGGUGUGACAGAAUGGAGACAAUGGGAUGAAGAGGCCAGGGAAGUGGUUAAGAGGGAGGAGAUCGAAAAGGCAGUAAUCUUUUUGAUGGGCAGCGGAGUUCAAGCUGCAGCGAUGAAGAACCAAGCCAGGGAGCUCGGAAAUGCAGCAAGGAGGGCCAUACAAAGUAGUGGAUCAUCUCAGUCCAACUUAACGAGCAUGAUCAAGGAGCUAACAUCAUUAAAAUGUGGUAGGAGCUGA